UAGCCUCCCAACAAACAAUUAAUUCCUCUUUCCCUCAAUAAUACAUUCUUUACCUUUCAGCUUUAUCUUCCAAAUAAACCCAAAUGAAUAUGGAUGGCAAACUUCACAUAUUCUUCUUCCCAUUUAUGGCCCAUGGCCAUACGAUUCCCACCAUAGAUGUUGCCAAAUUAUUUGCUUCUCGAGGUUGCAGAGCAACUAUAAUAACCACUUCUGCGAACGCACCUGACAUCAUCAAAUCAAUAGAAAGGAGCAGACAAUCGGGUUUGGAUAUCGGAGUUCUUCUUAUUAAAUUUCCCAGCAAGGAAGUUGGAUUGCCUGAAGGAUGUGAGAACACCAAUUCUCUAAUAACAAAAGAGAUGAUGCACAAGUUUGCCUUUGCCACAACCAUGCUCGAGCAACCAUUCGAGCAGCUUCUAAUGGAACACCGUCCUGCUUGCCUUGUUUCCGAUGUUUUCUUCCCAUGGACUACUCAAACUGCAGCAAAAUUUGGGAUUCCGAGGAUUGGAUUCCAAGGAAUCAGUUUUUUUGCUCUGUGUGCUUCGAAAAGUUUGUUUUGGGAAGAACCUCAUAAGAAGCUAUCGUCAGAUUCAGAACCUUUUGCCAUUCCUAAUUUACCGGACAAGAUCGAACUGACUAGACAGAACCUUCCGGAUCACUUGAAGGAAGAAUCAGAUCAGAUUCGCGCUUACGCUAAACAGGCUGAAGAAUCAGAACUUGCUAGCUUUGGUAUGAUAGUCAAUAGCUACUAUGAACUCGAACCUGCUUAUGCUGAUCAUUACAGAAACUUCUUCGGAAUGAAAGCUUGGCAUAUUGGCCCAACUUUUCUAUGCAACAAAGACAAUGAAGAUAAGUCACUGAGAGGACAAGAACCCUCCAUUGAUGAAUAUGAGUGCUUGAAGUGGCUUGAUUCUAAGAAAGCCGAUUCGGUUGUUUAUGUAUGUUUUGGAAGUGUGUCAAACUUCGACGAUGCUCAGCUAACUGAGAUUGCGAUGGGUCUUGAGGCUUCCGGGAAGGAAUUCAUUUGGGUUGUAAAGAGAGAAAAGCAUGAAGAAGGGAGAGAAGAAGAGUGGUUGUCUGAAGGAUAUGAGAAGACAAUGGAGGGAAAGGGACUGAUCAUAAGAGGUUGGGCACCCCAAAUGCUGAUCAUUCAACAUGAAGCGGUGGGAGGAUUUGUAAGCCAUUGUGGUUGGAACUCAACUCUAGAAGGUAUUUGUGCAGGGUUGCCAAUGGUCACAUGGCCAGUCUCGGCUGAGCAGUUUUACAAUGAGAAGCUGAUCACUCAACUACUUGGAAUUGGAUUUGGUGUUGGAAAUCAGCGAUGGAGUAUGUUUAUGGGGGAUUGUGUGAAGAGGGAAGCCAUAGCCACGGCUGUGAGUAGGAUUAUGGAAGGUGAGGAAGCAGAGGAAAUGAGAAGCAGAGCCAAGGCACUUGGGGCGUUGGCCAGUGAGGCUGUCAAGGAAGGUGGAUCUUCUUAUGCUGAUUUGAGUGCCUUAAUUGAAGAAUUAGAACUCCAUAGCACUGGUUCUGGUUCAAACAAGAAAGACUAACUACCAUAAGUAUGCUUUUCAAGUUUCUUGGAAACAAACUUCCAGACCCCGUUCAAACAGUUGACUAUAUGUAUUCAAUAAAGUGUCUUACAUGGAAUAUUGUACUAAAUAUCUUGAUUUUCAUGCAUACGAAAAAGGUUUUGGCUUGUCAUAGACCUGGUUGUUUAGCAGGUUUUUCUAGAUACUUCUUGUACUAAAUGGAUGGUGCUUUCUUAAUGUUAUAUUGAACUCCUAUUUGAUAUAAA